CUUAGCUAGCUAGCUGUCUUUAGCCAAACGAACUGGAGCUUUCAAAGGUUAUAAAAGCCCCCAGGAUUUGUUUUUUAAAACGCGUAUGCAUAUCUUCUCUUCACGUUGCUUUGGGCACAGCGUUAAUAAAAUGUCAUCCAGCGGGUUUUUCAUGUACUUUGCUUUUGGCAGUAAUUUACUGAAAGAGAGACUUCAGCUGAAAAACCCAUCCGCUGUGUUUCACUGCGUCGGCAGGAUACAGGACUACAGGCUGAAUUUCGGUCUUUCGGGCGACUGCACUGACUGCGCUUGGCACGGUGGAGUGGCCACAAUACAGGAGAGUGAAGGAGACGAGGUCUGGGGAGUCGUGUGGAGGAUAGACAGCCAAAACCUGCCCAGUUUAGACCGGUGA